AUGGGCAAGGAAGAGGCCGAGAAUCACAAGCAACUAGGAAACAAGCUAUUUGCCGAGCACCGGUACGAGGAUGCCAUCAAGGAAUACUCGACUGCGAUCAUCAAGGACCCCAACGAGCGUAUCUAUUAUACCAACCGAGCACUCUGUUAUUCCAAGUUAGAGCAAUAUGACAAUGUGAUUUCUGAUACGCGGAAAGCCAUCGAUUUGGAUAACACUACAGUGAAAGCAUACUACCUGCUGGGUCAAGCUUUGAUUGAAAAGAAGCAACAUACCGAAGCCUUGAACAAGCUUAAAACAGCCUAUGAGCUUGCAAUCCAACAGCGGGUCAAAUACGUGAAUGAUAUCCUACAAGCACUCUUGACUGCAAGGAAACGGAAAUGGGAUGAUCAGGAGGCCGAUCGCCUUGUACGUGAAUCAUCAUUGUUACAAUAUGUCAAGAACCUUGUGGAAGCUGAACGAAAGCGACAACUAGAGGAAGCAGGGGAUGACGAAGAAAAGAUUGAUGAGAUCAACUAUUUGACAGACGAGCAAGAAGCUAAGAUCCAAAAAGUAUUUGAACAAUCCAAAGAAAACCUAAUGCGACGUGAGAUUCCCGAUGCCUACUUGGAUAAGAUUUCGUUCAACAUCAUGCAUGAUCCCGUAUUUACCCCAGAUGGGUUCACGUAUGAGCGUCAAUCACUGCUGGAUCAUUUUGCACGAAAUGGACAUGUUGACCCUAUUACUGGACGACCCUGCAAGGAAAGCGACUUGGUACCAAAUAGAUCUCUCAAGGAAGCUAUUGAAGAUUUCCUCAAAGAAAAUGGAUGGGCUGCAGAUUAUUAG